ACAUUUGCGUGACUCCAAUACAUAUUUAACAUGCUUCUUGCAGUGAAAUCAUUGAGAAAGUUCCUUAUCCACUAAUCAAUGGAGGCUGCUAAGGGACUUAUGUAUAGACUGAAGUUCUGUAACAAUUUUUUGGCACAGGGAUGUGUAUUGAAUGUCAAAAGACUAACUAUGCCAAUAGAAGAAUACCCCAGACUUAGUCCUGCACCUCAACUUACAAUUAUUAUCACCAACUGGAUGCACAGUUUUGUGAUGGCUCCACUAGACAUGGUUCAUCUUGGCCUGAUAGUUGUUGAAAUAUGCAAUUGAUACUGCAUGUUCUGGCAAUCAGACACAGCACUGUUAGAGAUGAAAACUGGUUUUUGAAAAAUACACAGGUGUUCCUGCUUGGCAUAGUAAACAUUCAAAGAGGAGUAUCUGCCGCCAUGAAGGCCUUUUCCUGUUUGUUUCUGAUUGAAGGAAAAACCUAUUUGUUUGCAAUUGAAGUAGGCUGGAAUAGAUGGGCACCUCACCU